AUGGCUGAUGUUCCCUGCACCAGAGGAAUGAAGAGAAGGUUGGCCGUGCAGGUGGAGACUGCAGAGCCCCUCUCCAAGUCCCCCAGGUCCCAGCACACCUCUCUCCUCAUCCUGGAGGUCCCGGCUGUGUUGAACACCAGCUCCCCGGUGUGGGACGCCAUCUGGUCCAAGCAGGCGGACCUCACCUGGUCCGUCAGUCCCUACAGCGUCAGCGUCCAUCUGACCCCUACGGACGCCGGACAAAAGAGCAGCACGACCUCGGGGAACGCAGAGAGCACCACCGACGUGGCACAGACCUCAGAGUUCUCCUGUGGCAUCUGCAGCAACCUGCGGUCACAGAUUCAGAGUUGGGGUAUGUCCCAGGACACCUCCUAUGUCCUGCUCUCCCCUCAAAACAGCAAGACGCUGACCUGUUCUUGCCUUGAGCAAGAAAUGCCUCCAGAUCCCACCUCAGCGUCCUCCCUCAUGGUCUCCCUGCCUCUUGCCUUCCUUCAACCCCAGCUGUACAUGAAUACCAGCAUGGAGAUCCCGUCCACCAGCCUGUCACCUAUGCCCCCCCCCAGCGAGCUGCAGGUCACCCCCUCGGGGUACCGCACAAAGAGCUCCUCAUCCAUCCACAUCUGUGACAAAUUCCUUUUGGGCUUUUGUAACUCGGGAAUAAAUUGUCGGAUGCACCACACCCCGUACCCGUUCCACUGGCAGCUGUGGUCCAUAUCCCUCCACCAGUGGGUCGACGUGCCCCUCCACUCUCAGGUCCACCUGGAAAGGAUGUACUGCGACCCAGACAAAGAGUUUGUUUACCUAAACGACGGCCGAGUGCGUUUCGCUCUCGACUUUGAAACAAUGGAGUUGAAUGACCUUAACUACUACGACUCGAUUAGACGCCUGGACAACUCAGACUGUGAACGCAGGAAUCCUUUCUUCCCUAGCAAAUGGAAAAUCUACUGGUGGAAUGACACCAAGUAUGAAGAGUACAAAAAGAAUCAGUCUGACAUGCUGCUGAAGAAGAUGAGUGACAAGGAGCCAUCGUGUUCCUUCUAUAUCGACGAGCAGGAGUACACUGUGGACUUCACCACCAUGACCCAGACCAACGUCAGCACCAACUUCAAGAGAGAUGUUACCUGCAGACCCGUGUACCGCUCGCCUCGCUCCAUGCAGCAUCACCUGAAGACAGGAAUCCCGCUGGAUUAUUACCUACCUGAAUGUGAUCCUAGAUGGUCCAACUUCAGCGUGGAUCCUCUGGAGGAGUUCAGCUCCUGGUACCCUCCGGUGUGGCUUCGUCAGAGCCCAGAGCGGGAGUUCUGCCUCGUGGACGUUCCGUUAGGAUCACGGGUUUACCGGAUAGUCCAAGACCUCUUCCACGAGGGCCUGCCUGAGACCAAGAUGGACGUAGUCAACAUCCAGCAGGUCCAGAACCGGUUCCACUGGGAUAAGUACCAAAGGCAGAAAGCACACAUGCAGCACAAGCACACGCAGCGGGCCAACUCCCAGAAGACCCUGGAGAGGCAUCUUUUCCACGGGACCACCAUGGAGGCCGUGGAGAGCAUCUGCCGCCACAACUUUGACCCCCGAUUGGCCGGCGUCAACGGAAACUCCCACGGCUUCGGCUCUUACUUCGCCACCACCGCCUGCACCUCCCACUACUACACGGACCGGCCGGCGGACGACGAGAACCGCCACAUGUUCCUGGCCAAAGUCCUGGUGGGAAAGGUGAGCUUGGGCAGGCAGCAUUACCGCCGACCACCGCCGAUCAGCUGUAACAUUCAGCCCCCCGUCUUCUACGACGCCUGCGCCGACAGCAAGGAGAAGCCCAGCCUAUUUGUGGUCUUCGACAGCUGCCAGUGCUACCCGUACUACCUCAUCAGCUACAGAGAGCUGCCUAUCGAUAUUAAAAUUCAGCAUGUUCAGGGAGUGCAGACGAGCGUGAAGCAGGCGAGUUAGUCGCUCCAAGUUCAGCAAUUCAUGAUGUUCAGUUGAUAGUGAAAACGAGUAAAUGUUCAGCUUGUUCACAUUAAGUUACAACUUUAUGGAUUAUGUGCAAUGAAGUUCCACAUUUGUAGUAAGAAGAAGAAGAAAAUGCAUUUGAAACUGUU